UCAUGCUGCUGCCAGGUCCACAGUCUCUCAUGGGUCCCUGUACGGCCUCCCAUUGCUGCUGUCUCCAUCGCCACACUCUGCCAUGUGCCACUUUCAGGUCUCCUCACACUCCUGCUGGUUUCCAUUUUGUCAUAGGUUGCUGGCAGAUUACAGGCCUCCCAUAGGUGCUGCCAGGCCUGUAAUCUGCCAUGGGCCCCCGUACCGCCUCGUCACGCUGCUGCUGGGUCCACAGUGUGACAUGGGUUGCUGUAUGGCCUCCCAUUGCUGCUGCCUCCACCGCCACACUGUGGCUCCA